UUCCGGUUGCCAGGCUUUGCGGCGCUUGAGGAAGUCGGAAGUUGACAUUUUUGCAGGAUCGUGGGCUUCAUGUGGGGCAGAACAUGGUUGUACUCUGCAGCCAGGCUAUGAGUGGAGUGACCUAUGGUGAUGUACAUGUGAGCUUCACUCCGGAUGAGUGGGCUUUGCUGGACCCUUUCCAGAAGAAUCUCUACAAUGAUGUGAUGCUGGAGACCUUCAGGAACCUCACUGCUAUUGGCUACACAUGGGAAGAUCGAAGUAUUGAAGAGCAUUCUCAAAGUCCUAGAAGACAUGGAAGUCAUCUUGAAAGGCGCGAAAGAAUUCAUAUUGGUGAGAAAUACCAUGAAGAUAUUCAACAUGAUGAAGCUAUUGUGUGUCACAGUCAAUUCCAAAUACAUAAAAGAACACAUACUGGAGAGAAGUCCUAUAAAUGCAAUCAGUGUGGUAAAACUUUUGCAUGCCACAGUUAUCUCCAAAGGCAUAAAAGAACACAUACUGGAGAGAAGUCCUUUGAAUGUAAUCAAUGUCAUAAAGCCUUUUCACAAUACAGAUAUCUUCAAAGACAUAAAUUAACACAUACUGGAGAGAAACCCUAUGAAUGUAAUCAAUGUCAUAAAGCCUUUUCACGACACAGUAAUCUUCAAAGCCAUAAAAAAACACAUUCUGGAGAGAAACCCUAUGAAUGUAAUCAGUGUGGUAAAGCCUUUUCACAGCACCGUUCUCUUCAAAGACAUCAAGGAAUACAUACUGAAGAGAAACCCUAUGAAUGUAGUCAGUGUUUCAAAGCCUUUUCUCGACACAGUUAUCUUCAAAAGCAUGAAAGAACACAUACUGGAGAGAAAACCUAUGAAUGUGAUCAAUGUGAUAAAGUCUUUAUAUAUCCUAGUAAUCUAAACAGGCAUAAAAGAAUACAUCAUGGAGAGAAAGACUAUCAAUGUAAUCAAUGUGGCAAAACCUUUACACAUCAGAGCUUUCUUCUAAGGCAUAAAGGAACACAUACUGGAGAGAAACCCUAUGAAUGCAAUCAGUGUGGUAAAGCCUUUGCAUAUAUCAGAAGUCUUCGAAAUCAUGAGAAAAUAUACUGCGUAGAAACCCUGUAAAUUUAGUCAGCGUGGUAAAGUUUUGUAUUUCAUGGUAGUUUUUCUACAAGAGUAAACUUUUCUUGCAAAAUCAAUCUGUUAAAACCUUCUCAUAUUACAGUACUCUAUGAGGACCUACAAGACCAGUUUUGAAGGGAAUCUGACUAUAACGGAUUUGGCAACAUCUUUAGCUAACACACUUUUUUUACACGAGUGUUGAUUCUGGAGAAAAAAUUCUGACAGUGCCAGCUAUCUUUACAAGCAUCAUAGCGUCCUUUAUUUUGUUUGUACCUGCAAACUAAUAUGGAAGAAAGUCCUUAAGAAUUUAAACGAAGUAACCCUUUUAGAUUUCACACAGCUCUUCAAUAAUAUGAAAUAAAUAAUCCAGCUGUAAAUGUUUGUGGAUGUGUAUCUGUGCCUUUUCUGCUGUUGUGAUGUAAUGCCCAUAUCAGCUUAUAAAAGACAUUUAUUUGGCCAUUGGUUCCAGAGGGAUACAGGAUCACCAGGAAAGUGACAUGGCAACCAGUGUCAGACAUGCCAGCUAAAGCAGGAGACUAAGAACUCACAUCCUUAACCUGCUGCAUGAAGCAGUGUGGGAACUGGACAUGUAUGUGGAUUGUCAAAGCCUAAUCCCCAGUGACAAAUUUCUUCCAGUAGGGCAGUAUUUCCUUAAUCUUCCCAAAUGACACCGAGAACUGAGAAGGAUUGAUUUCUCUGACUUGAAGCACACAUGUUUGUCCUGUGUUCCAUCAACCAACUCAUGAUGAAAAAAGCUCUGUAAGUAAGUCUUUAGAUGCCUCGGUCCCUGUGUUAGAGGAAUGAAUGCUUAUAAGAGAAAAACUUUCAUGAGAGGAAAAUUUGCUUACAGAUUUGUUUUAAUUUCAAUUAUGUGAUGUCAGGGUGUCUUGUGAGGGUUUGUGCAUGUACAUACUUGUUCCCUGUUGGGCUUCAUGUGGCCCGGGCGCGAGGCCCAGUGUAACUUCCUGAGCAUAGCUCGAGUUUGGAGAUCUGUCUCUGGCUACCCCACCUCGACCUGCCUCUGCUCAGCCACCUCUAGCAUGGCAGACUAUUAUUGGCCCUUAUUCCUUACUCCUCAACCCACCCAAGCUUCUCCACACCAUCAGAACCCUGUAUAAGAUCCUUCUUGAUACCAUUAAAGGAGAUCCUGCUUCAACAGACUCCCAGUUCGGUGUGUUUCUCUCCAGUUGGCCGGGGGAGAGGGCUGCUGGGUUGUUUGGACACUCACCGUGCUGCUCAGCCCCAAGGAGAGUCCAGCAGAUCUGGGUCUGUCCCUGCUCUUUCUUCCUGAGAACCUGGCAGUUCCCAAGAAGGACAGACCCUUGGAUCUCUUGUAGCAGUAAUUACAGGAAGUUGUCUAAAACCUAGUCCUCAGAAUGAACUGUUCUUAACUGCUCAACCAUGUCUCUAUCCCUGUACAUGUUUAAAUCUUUUUUAUAUCAUCCUGAUGUCAGGAAAUAGGGAAGAACUCACACAAGAAAAAUCCCUGUUCAUGUACAAAGACUUUAGACAUCGCAGUUGUCUUCAGUUUCAAGAAAAAAGUCUUGCCUCAUUUCUUUCUCAGGAGCCUUGAAGGAAGUAAAUUAUUUACCGUGUUCAUCAAGUCUGAUGGUAGAGAUCACUGCAUUGUGGUUUCUACUUUGAAACAUUUGAAGUAGAUACUUAAGUGUGCUAUAUGUGUGCCGGUUGCAUUUAGUGAAGUUUAUUUUGUGGUCCUUCUAUUCCUUCUGUGGCUUCUGCUCACUUUCUAUUGUGCUUUCACAUAGAAUUAUUUUUCUGUCACAGUGUAUAGAAUGGGAUGCCCGUCAUCUAAGUGGUGCAUUCUUUAUUCAAGUCGAGGUAGUGUGCGAUCAUAGUUUUCAGAUUACAGUGUCUAUGAAAGUUUAGUCAGCUGCUUUUCCUGGUCCUUUAUUUCAUAUUUUCUUAAAGUCCCUUAAGGUUGUUGUUUUUAUGCAGCAUGACUUGGAUGUUAGUAGUUAGUUAGGGAUACAUUUGAACUCAUGAUCCUCAUUAUCAGCCUCCUGGGUACAAGUCCAAGGGUAGAAGAUGUGUCCCCAACAUGUGCUGUUUUGUCAGCAUGACUUAACAAUAUUAGUGUUAAAAUACUUAAUUGUAGAGAAUUUACGAAACAGUAAAUACCCCUGUGUAUAGUCAAAGCAGGAUUUCCUUUUAUCUGACAUGUAUGUAAUAAAGUAGGAUAAUCAGCAAUCAACCCUAUAUCUCAUAACAUAGCUUGAUGUGCUAUGGAUUUGUAUAUAUUAUUCUAGUGUUCCAUUUUCUUCUUCAUGUCCCAAUUACUUAUUUAUUUGACACUUUCUCUUGAAGUACUGCCUCCUAAGCUGCUUAUCCAUAGAUACGGAUAAUAUGACGGCAACGAAAUUUAUUUUAAAAAAUUCUAUUUAGUGUGUCUGUAAUUUGGUUCUGGAUUUGUAGGCCAUAGCAGAUGUGUGGAGACUAGAAGACAACUUUGUGGGUUCUUCUUUUGGGCAUCUUCAUAUGAGGAUCAUGGUCAGGUUCCAGUGUUGCACACAAUAGACAUUUCACACUGAACCUUCUCACUGACGCUCAAACAAGAUGA